AUGACUGCCUGCAAUCCAGUGGCCACUCCGGUCGACACCAACUCCAAGCUUAGCGCUACCUCUGGACCAGCUCUUAAGGAUCCUACUCUAUAUCGAAGUUUGGCUGGGGCUUUACAGUAUCUUACUUUUACUCGACCGGACAUAUCUUACGCGGUUCAACAGGUAUGUUUAUUCAUGCACGACCCUAGAGAACCUCACAUGCAGGCGCUUCGGCGUAUACUUCGGUACCUCCAGGGCACUAUCGAACAUGGGUUAUUUUUAUCUGUAUCCACCAUUUCUGGCAUCCAUGCAUACUCUGAUGCUGAUUGGGCGGGCUGUCCUGAUUCACGACGAUCUACCUCUGGUUUCUGCAUUUUUUUGCGUGACAACCUUGUUUCUUGGUCUUCCAAACGUCAGGCGACUGUCUCCCUCUCCAGUGCUGAAGCUGAAUAUUGA